AUGUCAGUCAACAUCCCCCUGCUGGCAUUCAACGACGUAUACCGCGUGCGACAGCGGUACGUGCCGCAGCCCGGCGCGCCAGAGAGCACGGUACCCGCGCCGCCCGACGCCGACAUCAGCGUCGGGCAGUUCACCGAGCUCGUCUACGCGCUGCGCGACGAGUGGGCGACCAAGCCGCUCUCAGACGACAAGGAGGGCUUGAUACUCUUCGCCGGCGACGUGUUCUCGCCCAGCGUCGACAGCAGCGUCACGCGCGGCAGCCACAUGGUGCCGGUGCUCAAUGGGCUCAAGCUCGACGCGGCGUGUGUUGGCAACCAUGACUUUGAUUUCGGAUACCCCCACAUGACCAAGCUCGUCUCGGCCACCUCCUUCCCCUGGCUGCUUUCCAACGUCGUCGACACGGACACGGGCAAGACGCCCGUGCCACUGCACAGGUACUUUGUCACCGAGAAGUGUGGCGUCCGGAUCGGCAUCAUUGGCAUUGUGGAAGAAGACUGGAUCGCGACCAUCCCUUCGUGGCCAGAACACUUCAAGUACCAGCCGAUGAAGGACGUGGCGAUCGAGCUGUCCAAGGAGCUCCGUGACCCCAAUGGCGAGCACCGUGUUGAGGCCAUCAUUGCGCUCACCCACUGCCGCCUGCCGAAUGACAUCUGGCUCUCCAACGAGCUCGGCGCUGUUGCAGGCAAGAACGUUGAGAACGAGCACGGCGUCGACUUGAUCAUUGGAGGGCACGACCAUGUGUACUACAUCGGCAAGGGUGCCACCUCGUGGGAGGGAUACGCCGGCGACCGUGAAGCGUCCGGCACGCAGGACGACCACGGAUCACGCAUCAUCAAAUCGGGCACCGACUUCCGCGACCUCUCAUCUGCGGUCCUCGACUUGUCUGCGCCCAACCCCAACGCCAUUCGUCGCCGCACGCUCGUCAACCUGACAGGCAAGCACCACUACGUUGUCCCCUCGUCGCCGACCAACGUCGAGAUGGAGCGGCUCAUCGAUUCGCUACUGGCUUCGGUACAGCAAACGCUCGGCAAGCCUGUAUGCUUCAGUCUCUCGCCGUUCGACGCGCGCUCAGAGAUUGUCCGGACCCGCGAGUCAUCGCUGGGUAACUGGGUUGCCGACGUCCUUUUGCAUGCCUAUGACGAGAGCUUGGUGGAAGGAACCCCGGUCGAGUUUGACAAGGAGGGCAGGACUGGCUCUCCGGACCACGACAAGCAGAAGCCGUGCGGUGCCGAUGCGGUUAUCAUCUGUGGUGGAACGCUCCGUGGUGAUUCGCAGUAUGGGCCUGGAAAGAUCACACUUGGUGACAUCUUAGAAAUAUUCCCUUUCGACGACCCCGUGGUUUGCCUUGAGAUCGACGGCAAGGGUAUCUGGGACACGCUGGAGAGCGCGCUGAGCAAGUGGCCCGCCCAGGAGGGCCGCUUUCCCGUCGUGUCCGGCCUGGCGGUUGACUGGGACCACACCAAGCCACCCGGCAAGCGAAUCAACAGCAUCCAUCUCAGGAGACAUUCGCACAAGCACGAGGACUAUGAGAACCCAGAGGACUUCAUCGACUUCGAGUCGACGCUACACGGCACUGCUAUCGAGGUCAAGCGGCCCGGGCUAAAGCUCGGCGCCGAGGUUAAGAACGAGGCGGGUGGGCGCAUCUUCUACGUCAUCACCCGCAAGUACAUGUCCGAUGGCUUUGACGGCUUCGAGGCCCUCAAGAACCGCAAGUUUGUCAUUGAUGACGAGGUUGGUCAAAGUAUGAGCAACAUUAUUAGAUCGUUCCUGCUCGGCUCCGCAUACAUCUUCCGACACAAACAAUUGGCCGACGCUCGGCACAGGUACCUAUCUGAGAAGACUCUGCGCGUGUUGAAGCGUGCACGGGCUCGGCACCAGGCUUCCCCGCGAGCCUCGUUUGCGGGCUCCCCUAUCAAGUCGUUCCCCGGUUUCAACGAGGACAAUGGGCUUCUCGGCUCGCCGGGCUCGAGUCCUGGCACGGUCGAUCUCAACAUGAGUGUGUCGAGCGUGUCUACCUUGUCGACGACUGGCUGGGCGACUCUGCGCCGCCACGUCAUCGACCACGAUUGGCUGUCCAUCAGCGAGGCGUUCCACAUUGCGAGGCACGAGCACAUGAGCUCAGUUGACCGCUGUGAGGGUGACGAACUGCGUCGCAAGAAACACGGCGAGGCCGAGACGCCUCGCGCGGCCAUCGCCCCGCUCGAUAAACGUCAAAAGGACGAGCUGCGUAGCAUGGAAGACGACGUCGCGAUCGUGUGCCCGCUUGUCGAUGGGCGCCUGCACGACGUCUCGGCAACGGCAGCAACACAGCAAUGAACCACAUAGCAUUGUAGAUUAGACGGGUGUGCUCCCAA